AUGCCUCCCUCUAACUGGCAAAAGGCCAAGAAGGAGGGCGCCACCCAGCACUUUACGCUGGUGCACCGGCCCCAAAACGACCCGCGAAUCAACGAUGACACGGCACCGUCAAUGGUGCUGAACCCGACCCCGGGCAGCUCCAAGGUCAAGAAGCUGAACGAUCUCGCGUCGGAACUGGGGUCAGAUGCCGAGAGCAUCCGGGACAACGAAGGAGAGGCCGCAAACUUCGGCGUGUACUUUGACGACACCGAGUACGACUACAUGCAGCACCUGCGCGAGAUCGGAACCGGCGGCGGAGACGCCGUGUUUGUGGAGGCAGAGGCGCCACGGAACAAGGGCAAGGGGAAGCACAAGCAGUCUCUCGAGUCUGCUCUCAAACAGAUGGAUCUGGAGCAGAAGUCUGGAGAACUCUUCGACGAGGAUCUCCUCCCAUCCAAGGAUUUGCAAAGGUUGAACUACCAGUCGCAGCAAGAUGUGCCGGAUGCCAUCGCGGGCUUCCAGCCCGACAUGGAUCCUCGCCUUCGUGAGGUUCUUGAAGCCUUGGAGGACGACGCUUAUGUGGAUGACGACGACGACAUCUUCCAGACCCUGUCGAAGGACGCCAAGGAGCUGAACGACCACGAGUUUGACGAGACAUACGAUGAGUACGAGGACGAUGAGGGCUGGGAGUCAGACGGCACUGCGAAGCCCACGAAAGAGUAUGCAGACGACGAGGUACCAACUCUUGUGAGCACGGCCGAGCAGCCGGCGAAGGGCCCCUCAGAAGACUGGCUGGAGGACUUCAAGCAAUUCAAGAAGGAUCAAAAGGAAGAAAAGAAGCCCACAGGGCCAAAGCAGGCGGACGGCCUGUCUUCCAUAUGGACAACGACAACAAUGGGCGGGCGGAAGAAGAAGAGAAAGGGGGCCCUCACAAACCCUUCAGCCUACUCCAUGACCUCUUCCUCGCUGGUGCGAACGGAGCAGCUGGACAUCCUGGACGCACGGUUUGAGAAGAUGGAGGAGCGUUACAACGACAUGGAGGAUGAGGGCUCGAUCGUGUCGGGCAUGUCGUCGAUGUCAAGCGUACAGGGCCCGAUGAGACAAGAUUUUGACGGUAUUCUGGACGAGUUCCUGGGGAACCACAGUAUGCAAGGAAAGAGGCGCAUCAAGCGAGGGAAGGACCAGAGCGGUCUCCAGCAGCUGGAAGAAAUCAGGAGGGGUUUGGGACCAGCGCGAAUCCGAGGUCGAAACUCGUAG